CGAUGGCGGCGGCGAUGGCGGCGCGGCGUGCGCGGCCCGUGCGGGUGCUGGUGGACAUGGACGGCGUGCUGGCCGACUUCGAGGCGGGCCUCCUGCGGGGCUUCCGCCGCCGCUUCCCUGGGGAACCGCACGUGGCGCUGAAAGAGCGCCGCGGCUUUCUCGCCCGCGAGCAGUACCGAGCCUUGCGGCCGGACCUGGCGGACAAAGUGGCCAGUGUGUAUGAAGCCCCAGGCUUUUUCCUAGACUUGGAGCCUAUCCCUGGAGCCUUGGAAGCCAUGCAGGAGAUGAACAACAUGCAGGACACGGAGGUCUUCAUCUGCUCCAGCCCUCUGCUGAAGUAUGAACACUGUGUGGGUGAGAAGUACCGCUGGGUGGAGAAUCACCUGGGGCCCCAGUUUGUGGAGCGCAUUAUCCUGACGAGGGACAAGACGGUGGUCUUGGGGGACCUGCUCAUUGAUGACAAGGACACCAUUCGAGGCCAAGAGGAGACCCCAAGCUGGGAGCACAUCUUGUUCACCUGCUGCCACAACCAGCACCUAGCCCUACCCCCAACGAGGAGACGGCUGCUCUCCUGGAGUGACAACUGGAGGGAGAUCAUAGAAAGCAAGCAGGGGGACAGAACAGUGGAUAGUAGCUGAAGGAAGGGAAGGCAGGCCAACAGGGAACCCCAGCAGAGCUGAAUGGCAGGGCAGUGUCGUGGAGGUGGCCCCCAGCACCGCGGAGCAGGGAGACACCGUAACCUCCACUCUCAAAAGUCAGCCACCUGGAACCCAACAAGAUGGCUGGCCAGGAAACAUGGUGGGAAAAUCACUCAGGAACCUUUUUAAUAAAACACUUUGGCUCACCACUC